UAAGAAGAGGUAUGUAGUCAUUGAACUCAACAAACAACAACUAUAGAGAGUAGAGCAGAGCAAAUAUUUCAUCAAUGGCUACUAAAGUUUAUAUUGUGUACUAUUCUACGUACGGUCAUGUGGAGAAGCUAGCUCAAGAGAUAAAAAAAGGAGCUGAUUCUGUGGAAGGAGUAGAAGCAACACUCUGGCAGGUAGCUGAAACAAAUUCUCAAGAGAUCCUCGACAAGAUGAGAGCACCUCCAAAGAAUAGUGAUGUCCCAAUCAUUACCCCAAAUCAGCUUACCGAAGCAGAUGGUUUGCUGUUUGGUUUUCCAACAAGAUUUGGAAUGAUGGCUUCCCAAUUCAAAGCCUUCUUGGAUGCAACUGGCGGCCUUUGGCGCACACAGGCUCUCGCCGGAAAGCCUGCUGGCCUCUUUACCUCCACAGGUGCUCAAGGAGGUGGCCAAGAGACUACCCCGUUGACAUCUAUAACUCAGUUUGUUCACCAUGGAAUGAUUUAUGUUCCCACUGGAUACACCCUUGGAGCUGGCAUGUAUGAGUUAGAGAAGGUGAUGGGUGGAUCUCCAUAUGGAGCUGGAACAUUUGCUGGAGAUGGUUCCAGACAACCUACUGAGUUGGAAUUGGCUCAUGCUUUUCAUCAGGGCAAGUACUUUGCUGGAAUUGCUAAGAAGCUCAAGGGAUGAUAACAUAUCAUACAUCCAUAUUCAUUCCCAAUGCAACCUUUAAAUAAAUAAAAUUGUUAUCAUUUGUCACCCCACUCCUCAUAAUGUAUGUUACACCACUCCUCAAAGUUUGUUAGUUAAGAAAAUUAAACGGACCUCAUCCACGUUAA